CUCGACCGGCGCCGGCGGCGGCGCGUCCGGCCCGAGGCCGCCGAGCGCCUCCUCCACGGCGGCCCGGAGCCGCACCGCCUCGGGGUGGCCCGGCUGGUACUUCAGGAGGACGUCCAGGUCGGCGAGGCCCGCGCGCAGCGCCUCGGCGCCCCCGAGCUUCUCGCUCGCGACUGCGCGCCGCAGGCACGCCCGCAGGUGCAGGUCCGAGCCCCGGGCGGCGGCGGCCACGACCCGCGCGCAGUCGCGCCGGCAGUCCCGCCACCUGCCCAUUUUCAGGUACGCGCCCGCGCGGUUCGCCACGGGCGCGAGGUACGCCCGGUCCAGUUGGCUCGCCGCGUCGUACUUCGCGACGGCAGCCGCGUAGUCCUGCGCGCCGUACGCCGCGUCGCCGGCCUCCUUGAGGUCGACGGCGGCCGCGAGCGCGCGGCCGCCGCCGCUCGCCUCGCCGCCCCCGCGGCCGCCGCGCAGCCGCCGCAGCGCCUCCUCGCGGCCCUCCUCGGGCCCGACGUAGAUGAGGCCCUCGCCGUCGCAGCGCGCGCAGGUGACCGUGCGCCGGAUGGGCAGCGACCCCUUGCCCGAGUCCGUCACGUGGCGCGUGCCCUCGCCGGAGCAGUCCAUGCAUAUCUUCAGGUGGUCCAGGCGCGACGACGGCGUCGUGGUAGCCAUGGAGCACGGGGAGACGGGAGGCAGCCCGGGACGGCGGGGCGCGAGUCGGCUUCUUGGACGCGCUCCGUUCCCUUUUCGGGGCCGGGCCGCCGGGGGUUUAGCUGCCCCUGCGGGUUUUUGGACCCACCAGGAGUCCCGGGCCGCGCGGCGGGACCGUCAGCUCUGGAGCGCCGGGGUGCGCUCGCCCAUAUAAAAAAAACUCGCUCG